GCUCGGUUCUCGCGGCCCCGUGGGAUCUGGUUUGUAUGUGUCCUUCGCACAUUCAGUCAAUUCUGCUGCGGUGAUCCUCCCUCAUAAACUCCGGCGCUAUAUCCGCUGCGAGUCUCAAGUACCUCCCGUCACGCCGUUCUCCAACAUUUCCAUAGCCCGUCAAAAUGGCCACCACCACGGAGCAGCCCUUCGCGCUCAACGUCCCUGACGCCGAUAUCGAGCUGCUGCGCAGGAAGCUCGAGCUCGUCCGCCUGCCCGAUGAGCUCGAGGGUGCCAACUGGGACUACGGCGUCCCCCUCGCGGACAUCAAGCGCCUCGUCGCGCACUGGCAGACGGCCUUUGACUGGCGCAAGUCCGAGGCGGAAAUCAACAAGCUGCCCAUGUUCACGCGCGACAUCGAGGUCGACGGCUUCGGCACGCUCAACAUCCACUACGUGACUUUGAACUCAGGUUAUGAGAUGACCAUACAGACCGGCGUGUUGACAAUGGUCUGA